AUGUCGAAAAGAGAGGCCGGCCCUCAGGAUGCUGCCGAAGCGCAGCUCCCCGCUGCCAAGAUGAGCCGUGUCCAUGGAAAAAAGCCGCCUAAGCCUGUGGCCGCCUUGCAGCAGCUGGUCAAGGAGGCUGAGGCAGAGCUGCACCAUCCCACGCUGCAGUAUCUUGACUCUGAGCUUUCGCGGCCCGGCGUCCCAGAGUGGCUGCAGUCUAUGCGUGGCAAGAUCAUGCACUCGUUGGGUGGAUAUGAGCAGUACGAUGAAACGAACUUUCAGAACGCCAUGAAAAGCGUUGGUGAGUAUACCUGCUUACUGAACGCCCUUGAGAUACCCCCGCUGGCGGUCACACAUCGUGGACUUGUGCCUUCACUGUCGUCGUGUCAGAAGGUGAAGGAUACAAUUUGGGCCCGUGACCUGCCGCUGCUGUGGCAGGAGGUCAUCUAUGUGGCUGUGUUCUCGAAGAAGUCCAAGCCUGACGUGCUGGCUCCGCUGAACCAGGAUGUGGCCAGACUGGCGUUUUGGUGCCAGGUGGCGACCGCUGUGAAGGAAGGAUGGCAAGACGAGCUGGAAACGGCGAUGAUGUCAAUGAAGGUUUGUUUCAAGUACUGUAUGUCGGAGGAGUCAGCUGAGUCGGAAAAAUGGCGGCUUGCAGGUCGUCUGGAUGUGCUCAGUGACCACGCCGUGCUCCGCGGCUGGCGUCGGAUUGUCGCCAUCGUAGGCAUCAAAUCCAACCUCGAAUCUUGGUCCCGAGAUUCAUCCGAUGCCUCCGUGUCUGCGUGGUUGGCGCAACAGAAGGUGCAGGUGUCGGCCGAGGUUGUGAAAACUAUGGGGAUUAUCCGUGCCCGCUUCCAAAGCGCAGGGCUUGAUGAUUUCAUGGAAAGCAUCGAGGCAGAGCUUAUGCAGGAUAAUCCAUUGACGGGCAUCGCUGUCUUGGAGAAGAUCUGUGCUUUCACCAAAGCCGACAAGACAGACAGCAAGACGGACCAAACCCUGAACAAUGCGCUCUUGACAUGGGUGGUACAUGAUUUGAAAGCCGCUGCACAGAAUAAAUGCAUCACCUCUGCAGACAACAAGGGGAAGAUCUUUCAGUAUGCACGCUGCAGUUUGUUGAACAGACGGAUCCUGUACUACGUCAUAAGCAAACUGCGCAUCAGCAAGAAAGAGUUCAAGAAAUUGAACUCUUCCUCAAUCUCCGAAGGCGACUCCAACACCUCUGCGCACCGCUCCGUGGUGAGCUUUUUCAACAACUUUGUGUCCCAUAAAGCUUUCCAGGACAGCGAGCUGAACAAGUAUGUGUCAGACAAAACUUGGCUGUCGAAAGUCAUGGGCUUUCAGCGGCAGGCCAUCGAGUGCAUGCGUCUUUUCCUGGAUCCCUCACCGGCUUUGUUCACAGCACUGUUGAAUGCCGUGGAGAAAGACCCCAACAUCUCGGCUGAGCAGUGUCUUCAAGAUCCUGCUUGGGUGAAGCUGGUCAAUCUGCAGGAACUCAUGGCUGCCAGGCAGUCAGAGCUGGAGCAGCUGGCCGCACCGAUCACACCAAUCCCGCCGGCUCCACCUGCUGUCAUUCAGGACGAGGCUGCUGCAGCAAUCCCCAAGGAGAAUGAGGCCGAGAGCAAGGAUGCUGAAGAGCAUCUGCCGGAUGCUGGUGAGCAGCUGGUGCUGCCUGAUGACGAGCCGGAGAAGCCAAAGGAGCCCUCCCAUGUUGAUGUUCUGUCGGCGGAGCUGGAAAUCUUGCACAUCCCAGAGUGGCUUAUGGAUAUCUUCCAGAAGGUAGACCCCGGCACUUUGACCAGCAUGCUGGCACAUGCAAAGUGCCGUGUGGAUACAUGGCUGAGAUUCAAGGUCGUCGACGAGGCCACGGAGAAAACAGUGGCCGACUGCCUGCAGGAGGCCGUGAAAGCAAUCUUGGGAGCCCCUGGGGACAAGCUAGUCGUGUUGGAUGGCAAGCACUUCGGAGAAGGGCAUGCCUCGCAAAUGCCCACACACACCAUGCGCUGUUUCAUCAGCUCCCUCUUGACCCCGAGUGCCGAUCCAAAGGUCGCGGAGUACUUGGCCAAUGGGACGUUGUUUCUGCUCAGCGACGGCCGAAAUGCUCGAACAAACUUGGAAAUGAAGAAGGAGCUCAAAAGAGGAAUCAAACCGUUGACCGGUGUUUGUAACCGCAAGGGCCUCAUCGAGCUCCGGGCCGUUUUUCACAUGCGGGAAUUCGGCGGCAACGGCGCCUUCGUGCAAAGGGCUCGCAAGAUCUUGCAUAGUCAGUUGGCAGAGCCACUUGAGAAUUGGCUCAUUGUGAAGACAAAGGCCAUGACACUUCCUGUGCGAGAAAGAAGGUACAUCGACUUGCCAGGUGAUUCGAGCAGCCGCUGCUUGGCAAAUGUGAGCUUCAAAACCUCGGAAGAGCUUGACCAUUGCCUUGUGGACAAGGCGUUGCGAGAUGAAAUCUAUGAGGGCACCCUUUACAAUUCCAGGGCGGGCAAGGGUGUGGACACUUCCAGUCAGCCUGCAGCUCCAGUCCAGUCGGAUUCAGAAAAGAGCGAAUCUGAUGACGACACCGAGAAGGCCACCGCCACCGGCGAGCUGGAUUCGAAAGCCGUUGAUGCCGGCCGCGAUUGGGUCCAUCUUUUCCCCACUGGAUCCUCCGAAGUCUUUCACAGGGAACUUCUCAACCUCUUUGGGGCCACAAAUACGAAUCAGAAGAGAGACAUCGUGGACCUUGCGCCAGGCAGCGGCCCGCUUGCCUGGGCCGCUUGUAGAGAAUCCUUCCUUUACACAGGCGUAGUCGCCUGUGAAAAACAUGCCACCUUGAUCCAGGCAAGCCUGCGCCUGGCCAUUGUUAAGGAACUCGUCCUUAACCGCCGGGACGGGUACCAAAAUGCCCGGUACUUGAAGAAAUCGCGAUCGCUGGGCUCAAAGCUCGAUGCAGAGAUGAGUCCAUUUGUUCAGAGCAGUGCGGCUACCGUGGGGGCAACACCGACUCUUUCUCCAGCCCCGUCUGAGUCUCCUGCGACAUCGGUUCCUGCUGGCAUCCCGACUGCGCCGUCUAGUCUUGGAGGGAUUCCUGAUGAUGACGAAGAUUUCUGA